GUUCUUUCUUCAUUCAGAAAGCCAAAUUUGCUCGCGAAAACAAAGAUGAUAUUCAAAUCCGCCCUCCUCGCAACCGCUUUGUGCCUCUCCGCCACGGCUGCGGCGAACACCAAUGCCCCCGUCGUCACUGACAACGAUGAUGUUACCUACUACGCGCAGCUAGAGCCCAAGGAUAACACCACUGUCCGCGGGUCUGUGACCAUCUUGCCUAAGCCCAGUGGCGUGGGUGUCCUUGUUUCGGCGCACUUCUGGGGAAUCCCCGAUAAUGAACAGCAGUUGGUCUACCACAUCCAUCAAAAGCCAGUCCCCAAGGACGGCAACUGCUACAGCACUGGCGCCCACCUGGACCCUUACGGCCGUGGCGAUGCCACCCCCUGCGACAUCAACGCGCCUCAGACCUGCCAAGUCGGCGACCUCAGCGGCAAGCAUGGACCGAUCUGGGCGCCCGACAACGAGGAAUUUACCACCACAUACACAGACUGGUUCCUUUCCAAUGUGGAGGGAGAGCCUGCUUUCUUUGGAAACCUCUCACUGGUCGUGCAUGCGGCGGAUAACUCGCGCCUGGCGUGUGGAAACUUUGUGCAGCUGAAGUAA